AAACACGUUCUCUCUCCUCUCUCUCACACACAUUCUAGUGUCAUUUUCUCACAUAUACUUCACACAAAAGAAACAACCGUUCACUACAUACUACCUUGUCAUUAAUUUUCUCUCUCUAUAUCUCAAAAACUUUGCAAAAUCAACUAAGCCUCAAAACAAUAGAAACGACAUUCUCAAUAAAACCCAGAACUCUCCUCCUCUUUUAUUUUAUCCUCUCUACCAACAAUAAAAUAAAAAAGGAUAUAUAGUUUCUUCCUUCUAUGUCCUGAUUUAAGAAAACAAGAACUAGGGUUCAUAUCUCUAGGAACCGACUGAAGAAUCUCUUCAAGAAGAAGAAGAAGUUAAAGCUCUCUUCCAUGGAGCUUUUUCCUGCUCAACCCGAUUUAUCCUUACAAAUUAGUCCUCCAAACAGCAAACCAUCAUCGACGUGGCAGAGAAGAAGAUCAACACCAGAUCAAGAAGAACAUGGGGAACUCGAUUUAGGGUUUUGGAGAAGAGCUCUUGAUUCAAGAACAUCUUCUCUCGUCUCUAGUAAUUCCAGCUCAAAAACAACCAAUAACCAUCAUCAUCCACUCGGAGACCUCUCCCUCUCUAACAACUCUCAUCAACAUCAACAACAACAUCAGCAUCCACUCCUUCUCCCUAAUUGCAAUGGCUCUAACAUCUUGACCUCUUUCCAGUUUCAGACACAACAACAACAAGGGUUUCUUGCUCAUGACCUUAAUACUCACUUACGGCCAAUAAGAGGAAUCCCUCUAUACCAAAACCAUCAUCCACAUCAUCAUCACCGGCCGCCGCCGCCGUAUUUCCCUUUUGAUCCGUCGUCUCUAAUUCCCUCUUCUUCAGUGACUCCCACGGCAACCAACAAUAGCUUUGGUACUAGUAGCGUUAGUAACUCCGGUUUAAUUACAAACCCUAAUUACCAUAAUCAUCAACAUCAUCAUCAUCAGACUCUGAACAGAGCGAGAUUCAUGCCGAGAUUCCCAGCUAAACGAAGCAUGAGAGCUCCACGGAUGCGAUGGACAACUACUCUCCAUGCCCGUUUUGUUCACGCCGUUGAGUUGCUUGGUGGCCAUGAAAGAGCAACGCCUAAAUCAGUUCUUGAGCUUAUGGAUGUCAAAGAUCUCACCUUGGCUCAUGUUAAGUCCCAUUUACAGAUGUACAGAACAGUGAAGACAACCGACAAAGCAGCAGCUUCGUCAGGACAAUCUGAUGUCUAUGAAAAUGGAUCUUCAGGAGAUAAUAACUCAGACGAUUGGAUGUUCGAUAUCAAUAGAAAAUCUAGAGAUAGCGAUGAACUGAUGAAUCCUCUAGAGAAAUCAAACGGUCUCUGGACCAAUUCUUCCGGAGAGGCACGUUUGCAUGGGAAGCUGAUCGAUAAUGUUGCAGAAAUUAUGCUACCUUCUGAGAAGGAAAUAGAUGGAAAGUGUUCAAGCUAUGAGAGGAUUUCAUCAGAGGAGAGGAGCUUGUCAAGUAUCUCCGGAACAAGCCCCUUCAAGCCUAAUCUUGAAUUUACUUUGGGUCGAUAUCACUAAGUGAUAGCUAGCUAGUAGUUAACUGGUAGUAAUUAGCUUCUAUUUUUGCGAGUGACUAGCCUCAAUAUUCAUAUCAAUUGAAUGUUUAUGUUUUAAGCUUAAAUUUCAAUGUCGCUCCGAAGGUCGAAAAACACUGCCUUGUUCUUUUUGUAUUGAGACGAGCUAGUGAAAGAAUCGAGCACCAGAUGCACAAAACAAAUGUUAAGUUUCUUUUUCAACUUUUAUAGUAUUAUUUUUAUUUAACAA